AUGUCAUACUACUUAAGCAAGCCUGUUCCUCAAUUUUACUACUUGGCAAUAAAAAACCCCAAUUCACAAGGGGCUGCAAGCAACAACUUCUGGGUUCAUGUCCUACCACUCUAUUUUACGCAGGAUAGGUUGUGUGGAUUAGAGCUGGAACAGCGGCCACUGACGGAAGUCACCAGAAACCGAGUCGAUAUUACAAUUUUAAGCGUCAGAAUUGGCGUGAAUAACGUCUUCUCCAAGAGGGUAGUCUUUAUUAAUGGAUUGUCCUGGGACGACGUUGCCGACCAGCUACUUGAAUAUCUGAAAGUAGUGCAUGUAGAGCAAGAUUACUCGGGGAUACUCUACGGUAUAUGUGCCGUAGGCAGCUACGUGCGCUUUUAUUCCUACAAUUCUGAGCAGCAAACACUGGAGGAUUACCGUGAUAUAUUCGCCGAAAAGAGCCUUGAACUUAUGGAUAAUGAACAGGAAAUUGAUACCAUUUUAACUGAUCUUGCAAACAAGACAUGUGAGGGGAAUAAGACCUAA